UAAUAGUACUUGAGAAGAAACGGCAUGGAUUGGAAUGCAGUCUAAUCUGCCAAGUCUGGAGUCCCUCGGAAACUCCCACAAAAUCCCGCUUACCUCUGGCUUUGGCUUGCAGCUGCAGGCUGCGGGCGUACGUACCUCCCCUGCUUUAUCAUAUUUUAUAGUCCCACCCACUUCCUCAAAUUCUUCACCUAAUUUAAUUUUAUUAGGUUUACAUAAAUUCAACCUCCCCAAAUAGAAAUCCAGGACUCUGACUCCCUUUUCCGCUUUCUCCUACCUUGUGUUCUUCAGAAUCCAAAGAAGAAAAACCCUGAAAGCGCUAGCCAUGAAUCCCACUCUAGCCACAUUAUCGGCGCCGUCCCCUUCUUUCCUCCGUCUCAAAUCACUUUCUUCUUCCACUUCUUCAGCUUCAUUUCUCGCAUUUCCUGCUCCCAAACCCUUCAGGCUUAGGGCUUCUUCAGCGAAGUCUGAUUCCUUUCCCAGUUCCAAUCCUAACAAACAUACUCAACCCCUCACUCAAAAGCUCCAGUGCUUUGCCAAAACAGCUAUUUUACUUGGUGCCACCGCUUUGAUGAUUGGGAAAUUCUCCCACUUCCCGGCCAAAGCUGAGUCUCCACCCACAAUGACUGAACAAGAAACUUCCGGUCUCGAGGAUGGAGAGCAACAAGAAGAAGACGCCCAAAACCCGGAACAAACUUCCCCACUUUCAGAGUUUCUGGGAUCUAAUAACGAGGCCAUUGAAGCAUUGAAGUACCUUUUGGAACAGAAGCUCGAAAACGGCGAAGACGAAGAAGCUCUCACAAUCUUGAACCGUUUGGUUUCUGCUCAACCACAGGUAACUGAUUGGAAAUUUUUGUUGGCGAGGCUGUUAAGCGAAAUGGGUCAAACGGAGAAUGCACGGAAAGUGUUCGAGGAAAUUCUUAGGACGAAUCCUCUCUCUUUCGAGGCUUUGUUUGAGAAUGCUUUGUUAAUGGACCGUUGUGGGGAAGGAGAAGCUGUGAUCAAGAGGUUAGAAGAGGCUUUAACGAUUGCCCAAGACGAGAAGAAAGUCAAGGAAGCAAGGGAUGUUCGACUGAUAAUGGCACAGAUACAGUUCUUGCAAAAGAACGUGGAGGAAGCUUUGAGGAGUUACCAACAAUUGGCCAAAGAAGAUCCAAGUGAUUUUAGGCCGUAUUUUUGUCAAGGAAUGAUAUAUAGCUUGCUUGAUAGGAAUGCUGAGGCUAAAGAACAGUUCGCAAAGUAUAGAGAGCUUUCACCAAAAAAGUUUGAGGUGGAAGGGUAUUUGAGGACAUCUUUAUCAAGAAUGAAAUUGUUUGGGACCAAUGAGAACUGAGUUUUGGGGGGUUUUAGGAAUUUUCUGGCAUUAAGGUGGUAUACAAUUCUAAGGUAAUAAUCCUUUGCCUUCGAUAGAUUUUGUUGAUUAGUGUUUCAUUCCUUUAAACUUUGAAGUUGAAACUUUGUUUUAAGUUUCAGAGGAUACUCAGAGAAAUAAGAUGAGAGUUUUUGUUAAAAGGAAAUAGUUGUUUGAUGACAAUUGACAGUUUUUGGCUUCAAUAUUUAUAAAUGAUAAAUGAUGUAUGCAAGGGACGUUGGUUUCUUUUAUCA